GAUGUCGCGGAUUCUUGGAUCAAACAAUUCGAGCAUCGAGUCCCGAGCAUCAACCCUGCUCUGCCCGCGGCCCCGGUGUCUUCUCUCGCUCAGCACGCCGGCCACACCUCCCGACUCCCGUGGCUGGGGGAGACCAGGGCCACGCCCCGGCGCCGGCGUGUCGCGCGGUGUCGGUCGGCGCAGGGCUGACGUGGGGACGCACUCGAUCGGCAGACCGUCGUCCAGGCACAGGCAGGCGCGCGAUUGGAGUCCGCCACGGAGGGAGAAAGCGUCGGCAGUCAUGCCCCUCCCGUCCCGCGUCUACCGGCACCGGCGGCUGUUCAGUCAGGAAUCAGUCACUAGCCGCCUGAUUGGAUGCCUGUAUUCGGACGCGCAGGCUCGGAUGGUCCUGGCUGACCUGAUACGGCAACCAAACAGGAGCUUAGACAAAGUCAACGCAUACGGUGGUCCAAGAUGAGACGGUGCGGGUAACCAAACAUACGGUAGGCGUGCGACCCUGCUUGUGUGGUGCGUGCGUCUCAAAUUGUCCGAUAGGCAGCCAGCCACACUGUCAGCGUCCAACCCCGGCCCAGCCCACACUCGACAGCUUCGGGCGUUCAUGCGCUCGUGAGCCGGCCCAGUCAAGAGAGUCCACCACUCACAUCCCAAAAGACAGGCUUAUGGGAGGAGGGGGACUCUCCCUUUUAAGCUGCCCACGGCCCCCUUAGCUAGCCGAUGUGGGACUAAAGCCGGGGCGCUGACUACCAGCCCCUGACAUCCCACUCCCCUUGGGAAGCCCCCCAAGGCAGGCAUGGGCCAAACCGGGCUCUGAUACCAUAUGUCAGCGUUCAACCCCCGGUCCAGCCCACACUCGACAGCUUCGGGCGUUCAUGCGCUCGUGGGCCGGCCCAGCCAAGAGAGCCCACCACUCACAUCCCAAAAGACAGGCUUAUGGGAGGAGGGGGACUCUCCCUUUUAAGCUGCCCACGGCCCCCUUGGCUAGCCGAUGUGGGACUAAAGCCGGGGCGCUGACUACCAGCCCCUGACAUCCCACUCCCCUUGGGAAGCCCCCAAGGCAGACAUGGGCCAAACCGGGCUCUGAUACCAGAUGUCAGCGUUCAACCCCCGGUCCAGCCCACACUCGACAGCUUCGGGCGUUCAUGCGCUCGUGGGCCGGCCCAGCCAAAAGAGCCCACCACUCACAUCCCAAAAGCGAGGCUAAUGGGAGGAGGGGGACUCUCCCUUUUAAGCUGCCCACGGCCCCCUUGGUUAGCCGAUGUGGGACUAAAGCCGGGGCGCUGACUACCAGCCCCUGACAUCCCACCCCCUUGGGAAGUCCCCCAAGGCAGGUAUGGGCCAAACCGGGCUCCGAUACCAGAUGUCAGCGUCCAACCCCCGGCCCAGCCCACACUCGACAGCUUCAGGCGUUUAUGCGCUCAUGGGCCGGCCCAGCCAAGAGAGCCCACCACUCACAUCCCAAAAGUUUGAGUGUACUGUGUGUACAGACUACAGUGUGUACAGACUACAGUGUGCUGACACACACCCACCAUAGGGAUCAACAGAAAUGGAUGAGUGUACUGUGUGUACAGACUACAGAGCAGACGAAAACCUGAACAAGAGUAAGUAUCACUUGAAGCAAAUUUAACCUCUUAACGCAUGGGGAAGGAGACUUCCAUAUAUUUCUCCAUCCCAAACACCACGUGGAUGUCAAUAAGGCAUAGGGUCGGGUUCCUAUGAAUUUCUUUCAAAAAUCGUCCUGUCCGGAGGAGAGCAGGAGAGAGAGAGAGAGAGAAAGCACAGCGUGUGUCAAUUGUCAACUGAUGUAAGUAGCUCAUGUCCUUGCCAAGAAGAAACUGCGGGCUAAACGAGCUAGCAAUAGCUAGGCCCAGCGGAUUAGAAAGCAGGUAGGCCAUCGCCUCGUGACGGCCCGUGCAAGCGCAAUGAUAUAUAUAUAUAUAUUUUUCUGCUUGUUAAACCCUGUGCAGGUGGUGCCGGUGCCGCGCCCAAUUACUUAUCCUAAACAGCGAGUGAGAUAUUUGUCAUGGAAAAAGCCACCACCGGCAGAGACAAAUGGGGAGGAGGUCAAAUCCUGAUAUCGUUAUCAUCGUGGUUAAAUCGGCUUUUCGCCUAACACACACUCAUUGAGAAAAAGAGGCUUCAGGGGAGCAAGAGCAAGCGGCAAAGCAUAGCAACGACGAAAUCCGAAGAGGAGCAAAGAGCAAAAUAAUGGUGCUGAUCCGUCUGUUUUUUGGUUGGUUUAGGUCUCCUGAUCAGUCCUGACAGACUAACUCACGAGAACAACGACAGUAUUGUUUCUCAGCGAAUCCAUCUGUGACAUUUUUGUUAUCAGCUGCGAUCUCGGUCUUCUCCAACAUCAACACAGCUAUUACGCCCACCAACUGCAAAAGCUGUGGCUGCGCCGGACUCGCAAAUAAAGCAGUCGUCGUCAGUGCUCGCACCAUGAUGUAUAGCGUCAAUGGCUGCAGGUUGCGUACGGGCCUCAAGCACCGGGAGUGGAUGGACUCAAGGUGGCGGCCCAGUUCCGCCCAUGAUGCGAUGCACCACGCACUGUACAGGUAUGGCGAUGGCGCGCCGCCGUUGACGUGGCGACACGCAGAGCUCUGCAUGCCAUGCGUGCUGGCGCUGUAGGCUCGUGGCCGCCGCCAAGUUUGUGCAGGCCACAAGGUUUGAACGGGGCGGGGCGUUGAUUUUCCGAGAAUCUAGCUGUGGGGAGAAUCUGACUAUGUAGAGAAUCUGAGUAUCACUAGAAUUACGUGCGAAGGAAGAUAAAGUUGUCCAUAGGACUCAAAAUCUAUAAAGUGACGGAUUACUACUAUUGCGACGAUUCAACCGAUUA